UUUGGGUUUAUUUUUAAGUUUACUUAGUGUGGCUAAUAAACCGACCUGCCGGGCGGCUGUUCAUGCUCGUCGGUGGGCGUAUUGAGUUUAUAAUAAUUGGUGUGCCGCAGAUAAGGCGGAUCCGUAAACAAACGACGGCGAGAGCAAGCAAACAUGUUGACACUCGGCUCGAAACGGCAGCGGUUCCCAUCAGUCGUGUUUUGGAAGUUCGUCUAGUCGGAACCCUUGAUUUCCGCGGAUUGUGCGUGGCGAGCGUUUUCGGUUGGGCUAAAAAUGCGACUAGUUCUCCGGCGUUCUGAUUACACGACGAGCGGAAAGUGUUGAUUCCUCAUAAAACAAAAAACGCCCGAUGCAGCGGAGUCCAAUUGGAGGAGAAACGUGAUCCCGGGCACAAGUACUGGCAUAGCAAAAACAACACCUGCACCCGAGUUCGCUUGUGUGAGUGAGCUGGCACAUGCUUUUCUGCCUGCCCUAGCAUUUUUUGUGAAUGAACUGGAGAACGCGCUAGUUUAGCAACGAUAAAUCGCCAUUUAGUAUUGAUCUUUGGGCCGCGGGUCAACGUAAUUACGCCAGAAUGAAGGCCACCAUCGAUAAGGAGCUGUUGCCCAUGAAGGCGCACUACUUUCUCUUCAAUGCCGGUACCGCUCCCGUCGUCCCCUUUAUGCCGACCUUGGCCGGGCAGCUGGGAUACUCCCCUGCAGUUGUGGGCACCAUGUACACGGUUCUGCCCAUCAUCGGAAUGCUGGCGAAGCCCCUAUUCGGUUACAUUGCAGACCGGUACCAUCGCCAUCGAUCUCUCUUUCUUGGCGGACAGGUGCUCACGGGCAUCGCCUUCUUCCUUAUAAUGUUCGUGCCGGGAAUGGAUAAGCCGCUGCCCAAGGUGCAGUUCCACUGUCACCAGGGCGCCUCCACCGUGAGAUUCUGCUCGGAGUACGGCGAGUGCGUCGAACGGAACAUUGAGCGGUACUACGGAAAUCAGACAUUGAACUGCCAUCUGAACUGCGAGGCCCAGCCCUAUAUGUGGGACAUAGUGUGCCAGGAUUGGUUGCAGAACAAGACGGACAACUGUGCUGCCAACCGCACGAACCCUCAGCUGCAUUUCGGGACCAGCCUCAACAUGCAGAGGAUUGAGAAUGAUAACACAUGCAUGUUCUUCAUGAUUCCCCAUGAUCAGGGCCAGAUUGCGAACCAAAACGUGACGUUGUACUGUCCACCGGAGAAGGAGUACUUCCAAGCCAAUUGCACCAUGGACUGCCAGGAGGAUUACCUCAAGGGGCAGCUGGCGGAGAGUGCUGUGAUCAACACCAGCAGUGCCAUGGCCAUGCCGCAGUUCUGGCUGUUCUUCGGCCUGCUCAUCUUCAGCUGGAUCGGCAUGGCGGUGGUGGUCAGCAUUGGUGAUGCCAUUUGCUUUGGCAUCCUCGGGGAGCGUCAUCACCUGUACGGCAAGCAGCGUUUGUGCGGUUCCCUAGGGUGGGGAGUUUUCGCCCUGUUGGCCGGCCUACUUGUUGAUCACAUGUCCCAGGGUGAGGUGGACAAGAACUACACGGCCGUAUUCUGGAUGGCCUUACUCAUCAUGGGAUUCGAUGUGUUCGCCUCAACCAAGCUAAGGCACACUCCAACUCAUUUGUCGUCGAACAUUGUGAAGGACGUGGGCCAGAUGUUCCUCUCGGUGCGCUGCGUCAUCUUCUUUUUGUGGUGCGUCGCAAUCGGACUUGGAACGGCGCUGAUCUGGAACUUCCUGUUCAUCUACCUGGAGCAGCUAGACAAGGCGUUCGAAGGGUGCGACAGCUCGAUUAAGACCCUGGAGGGACUGGUCAUGGGCAUCCAAUGCUUUGGAGGCGAGCUGCCAUUCUUCUUCCUCUCCGGGUGGAUUCUGAAGAAGAUUGGGCAUGUAAAUGCCAUGAGUCUUGUGCUCUUGGGAUUUGGAGUGCGAUUUAUUCUGUACUCGAUGCUGCAGAAUCCCUGGUACAUCCUGCCCAUCGAACUGAUGAACGGGGUGACCUUCGGGUUGUUUUACGCCACAAUGGCCUCCUAUGCGAGCAUUGUGGCACCGCCAGGAACAGAUGCUACCAUGCAGAGUCUUGUUGGAGCGAUUUUCGAGGGCGUAGGUGUCUCAAUGGGCAGCCUGAUCGGUGGACAGCUAUUCGAAUCGGUCUCUGCACGCACCACCUUUGAGAUCUUUGGAAUAGGUGCCUUCAUUAUUUUCGUGCUCCACGUGUCCAUUCAACUGUACCUGCAGCGCAACAGCAACAUCGCCGAAAACGGCACUGUCAAGUAUUUCGCACCGACAGAUGCAAUGCACAUGCUGAAUGACCAGGAGUAUACUAGAGUUAGCUAAGCGAUCUUUGUUUUGACCGCAUCACCACCCACAACACCAAUCACCAACGAACCAGCAACAGCGACACGAAGAGGCCCCGCUUCUACUGUUCAACUGAAUGCUCCACUCGAACAUCUUUCUACUCUCGAAGCUGCAUGUUCAAUCGAUUGUAAACGUGCUUUAAUUAAGUAGUAACUUAUCUCAGUAACCCCACACACUCCCACAGAUCGCAACCUACGUGCAUGUCGCGUAAGCGAAACCUUCCUCAUUUACCUUUGAAAUCGAUGUGAGAACUUAAUUAUUUGUAGAAUUCCAAUCGCAGCUGGUUGUUUGCAUGUUCUAGUAUUUACAAACAAUGUUCACCGUAAAUUUUAGUUUAAAUAAGCUGCCUUGGCGCUGUGAUUGUUCAACUAUUGUUUCUCCACACCAUCUUAAUGUUUAACAAAUUUGUAUAUUUAUAGAUAAUAUUUGUAGCUAAGUGUAUCGUAGUGCAUGUAGCUCCUUUUUCUGCGAAAUCUCUUAAGUAUUUACUUAACUAUAAACAAUAUACAACAAUGUUUCCGACUUAUCGCAGCCAUACGAUAGGCAUCUCUUAUAACAUACACAAUUAUUAUUAUUACUAUGUAUCCAAAUGGUUAAACUUUUGUUCAACUGUUAUCUGUGUUAAGUAGUUAACUAGUUGUUAACGGGAAUCCCAAUGUAAAUGCGCCUUAACGAGGUGUAGAGCUUGUAAAAUCCGAGACCCACCUGGUUAGGUGUUAACUGAUUGAGUGCUCCUAAUGGCCACCGAUGAGCGACUCCUCGUGCUGUAGCCUCUCGAGCUUUCGCUGGUAGUCACGCUGCUUGCAAGCGGCCACGUUAGCGGCGCGUUUCUGUAAUCAGCA